AUGACUGAAGAAAUUCCAACGGAAAUGAACGUUUUCAUACCUCCCGUACCUCCUCCUCCUCCUCCUACCGCUCCUUCCGCUCUCCCAUCAGAACAAUUAUUAACCAGCUCAUCAACUGCUAUACCUGCUAAAUCUUUAACACAUUUGCCAAAGCGUCCACCUGUUGAUAUCGAAUUUAGUGACAUCACGUAUACCGUACCCACAGCAAAAGGUAAGCAUUAUUAUUAUCAUUAUCAUCAUCAUCAUUAUCAUCGUCGUCGUAGUCGUAAUUAA